AUGCUCCUCAAGUCAAUGCUCACCACCGCCCUGCCCCUGCUGAUGCUGGCAGGCAACGCCCUCGCCGUCGGCUGCUCCACCCACAGCUUCACUACCUGCGAAGACAAAAUCGUCCACUGGUACGACCCGGACACCGGCGAAGUCUGCGACCCUCUCGACUGCGGCGGUGGUCGCGCUCCCCUUAAGACCGACGAGCCUGGAUGUCCUGGGUAUACUGGUACCAAGGUCCGCACUACCUCAUACCUGUCCUGCUUCACGCCCUCUUCUGCACUUGCGACUGCCACCACUUCGAAGAGUGCCGCUGCCGAGUCUACGACUGCUUCGGACUCGACAAGCAAGGAGACUAGCGUCGCUUCUUCCACUACGGCCGGCAGUGCCACUGGAACUGGGGCUUCGGGUAGUGGAACUACGCCUGCGACGACUGCGGCGGCGACUCUGUCGUCCAGUGCGCAGUCUUCUGCUGCUGCCAAUGGGACGGCUAGUUCCAGUGGCUCUGCGGCCCCGACUGCUACAACCAAUGCUGGCGACGCCUUGACCGGUUCGUUGAUGGCUGUUGCUGGUGCUGCGAUUGGUGCCUUUGCCCUGCUUUGA